AUGUCGACAAGAUCUCAAUAUAGUAAACUUUUUGAAAAGAGAUCUAAGAAAAUUCACCAAGGUGAAAGGUUGUUUAAAUGUCCAGAAUGUGAGAAAUCAUUUAUUAGAAAAGAACAUCUUGCUGAACAUGUAAGAAUUCACACAGGAGAAAAGCCAUAUUCAUGCUCAGAAUGUGAGAAAUCUUUUACUUCAAAAAUAGCAGUAGUGAGACACCAGAGAAUUCACACAGGAGAGAAGCCAUAUUCUUGUCUAGAAUGUGAAAAGUGUUUUAGUCUGAAAUCGCUUCUCGUUGGACAUCAGAGAAUUCACACAGGAGAGAAGCCAUAUUCAUGUCCUGAAUGUGAGAAGAGUUUUAGUCUGAAAGCAUAUCUUGUAGAUCAUCAGAAAAUUCACACAGGAGAGAAACCAUUUUCAUGCCUAGAAUGUGAUAAGUGUUUUCGUAACAAAUCAAGUCUUGUUCAACAUCAGAGAACUCACACAGAAGAAAAGCCAUAUUCAUGUACUAAAUGUAAGAAAUGUUUUAGUCUGAAAUCACAUCUUGUUCGACAUCAGAAAAUUCACACAGGAGAGAAGCCGUUUUCAUGUCCUGAAUGUGAGAAGUGUUUUAGUCUGAAAUCACAACUUUUUCAACAUCAGAAAAUUCACAUAGGAGAGAAGCCGUUUUCAUGUCCUGAAUGUGAGAAGUGUUUUAGUCAUAAAUCAGGUCUUUUUAAACAUCAGAGAUCUCACACAGGAGAGAAGCCAUUUUCAUGCUCAGAAUGUAAUAAGUGUUUUAGUCAGAAAUCACAUCUUGAUGGACAUCGGAAAAUUCACACAGGAGAGAAGCCAUUUUCAUGCUCAGAAUGUAAUAAGUGUUUUAGUCAGAAAUACAUACUUGUACGACAUCAGAGAAUUCACACAGGAGAGAAGCCAUAUUCAUGUACUGAAUGUAUGAAAUGUUUUAGUCAGAAAUCACAUCUUGUUCAACAUCAGAAAACUCACACAGAAGAGAAGCCAUUUUCAUGUCCUGAAUGUGAGAAGUGUUUUAGUCAGAAGUCAACUCUUGCUCAACAUCAGAGAAUUCACACAGGAGAGCCAUUUACAUCUGUUGACAAUAUAAGACUGAUUGAGUCCUCUCAAGAAACUGAACAUAAAGGAAAUUAUCAAGAGGAAAGAGGAGAAAAGAAGAUAUCCAUACCAGAAGAAGAAGCUGUAUAUCUGCAAGAAAUCAUGGAUAGUGUUCUUGUAUUAACAUCUACAGUUCUAAUUGUGGAGCAGAUAAGGAUCUUGGUGAAAGGACUAUGCUUUGUCCCAAGCUUGGACUUUAGACUGUUCCACACUUGA